CAAAUGAUAGCCGGAAGGACGAUAUUGGAUGCAUACAAGUGGUUCCAUGAUAUCACCACUCAGGGGGCUUGGCUCGCCGACGAUCACAUCGACAUGGUCAUGGACUUGUUGCGCGAUCGAGUUAAGAGAUAUCCACAAUCAUUCCACAAGCCUGGCCGCAUUAUACUGAACACCGAGUUCUUCCGUGCCGUUACCAUUGAGUAUCAGUCCCUCCAACUUCUAAGUAACGAUUACGUGCUUCCCGCGUAUAUGUUCGAGUGGGUCAUCGGGCUGUCACCGAGUGUUGGGGAAAAGCCAUGGGAGGGUUGUACGCAUUUGUACAUUCCAGUUAUCGCGAAUCAGCACUGUAUUGCACUGGAGAUCGUGUUCACUGAUUCGACGAUAUAUGUGUACGACCCCGAUCAUUCAUGUCUGACACAGGGACAGCUCGAGCAGAUCUUAAAGCUGAUGACUGUGAUCGUUCCUAUGAUGGCUAGACAUGCGGGCUUGACUGUGGAUGACAAACUAGCCAUCGUGCGGGACACGACGACAACGAGAUAGU